GCGUCUGUCCUCUUUGUCAUGCUGAACUCUGAGGACCGAGCACGCAUCCUCCUCCUCCUGAAACUUCAUCAAUGGGACACUAAAUAAAGAUGUUCGCUUCACAAGAUCUUAGAUGAUGGACUGGAGUUGUGUGAAUUACUUGUGAGCGAUUGUGAUGAUUUACCAGCUGUUUGGACUCUCAUUCUGACGGCACCCAUUCACUGUAGAGGAUCCAUUGGGUGCACUCUUUGUUUGGGUAAAUCUUUUUUCCAUUUCAACUACCCAGAAGAGGCUAAUCACAUGAAGAACAUGCUGCCGGAAAAGACUGCAGGACCCACACUGUCCGUCAGCACGGAUGCAACAAAGUUUCAUUCAAAUGGCAGUACAUUGGUUGGAUCCAGCAUUCGUGGCACACGCUCCAAGGCGGAGCUUCAGGAGUUGAUGGAGAGCUUGCAGCGCAGGAAGUCCGCUCUGGAGGCCAGCUUAAAGGCUACUGCAGACCGUGGUUACCUCACUUUGUCCCCACCUCCCAGUCCCCAGUCGGCAUCAUCCUAUCUACAGGACCGUCCACCCCUUUCUAUACGAGUCCCUUCUCCUUAUACACCCUCCAGCAGCUUAAGCAUGCCACCAUCACCUCAUCACUCGGAGCGGCCCAUAAGUCCAGUCCCAAGCCACACUCGUGCCCGACACCAAUCGCAGGACAACUUGUUGCUUUGCCUCCCUUCGGAAGGGCGAAAUCCUAACACUGCCAACUCGCUUCUCUCAAUGUGGAACGGCUCUUCUUCGUCUUACGUGACCGAUGCUCAUCUUUCAUCUCGCCGAGGUCCAAGCGGGGCAGCCAGCAUGCCCUCCAGUCCUCGCUUGGGGCGCAGGCUGAUAGCAAGGGAUGGGGAGUCCACCGUUGACCCAUCGAUCCGCCAAAGGAAAUACUCCACUGGCUCUCUGAAUGGCCUGGGAGGACACAGUCUCUCUCUGCCCAGGUUGUAUCGAGGAGAUGCCCCGGUGCUUUCUUUGCCACCCCGACGUACCACCAAACCACGCCGCAGCCUUCAAUACUUGGAGAAGCCUCCAGAUGUGACCGUGACAGCCAACAUGACUAGCAGUUCUCGCCGGGCCAGCCUCUGUUCCGUAGGUUCUGCCCCAUGUUUGGAUCUAGGAGUAGGAGAAAGGCGGCUGUCGUUUGGUAAAGGAGGCCUGGGGCCCGGCAUGGGGCCAAGGAGGGGCAGUAUCAGUUCUCUCAGUGGAAAAGAAGAACUCCGAGAUUAUCAUCAGAGACAAAGAGAUGAGAGACUACGAGAACAGGAAGUGGAAAGAUUGGAACGUCAGCGUCUCGAGACGAUCCUGUGCCUGUGCUCGGAGCUGGGCCGGUCUGAACUGUGCCGGAUGGAGACCAACUCGGGUGUCUCAGCUGUAUCGGACCUACAGAAGAUCAACCGAGAGCUGGAGAAGCUACAGGUGUCUGAUGAUGAAUCAGUGUUCUCAGACUCUGCAGCAGUGUCUCCGGACAGCGGGUUUCUGGGUAAGGCUCGUGGAGAGAUCCUGACCCAGAGACAGCGCAGACUCAGCGGACACAGGGAGACCAGGCCCCAGUCACCCACCACCAGCCUGCGGAGCUCAGUACCCUCACCCUCUCCACACCUCCGCAACAAGCAGGUGUCUGAAGACAUGCAGCUGAGACAGGAAGUGACACGUAUUGAAGAGGAGAGGAUUCAGGUGCUUAACAACAUCGAGGAACUUGAACAGAAGAUCAGAGAUCUAGACACACAGAUGGAUGAGUCUAUCAGAGAGAUGGAGGUGGAGAGAGCUCUUUUAGACGGGGAGCAGGAGGCAGAAGUGGCUCAGCUGCAGAGCGAUAAAGAAAUGCUGGAGCAGCUCAACGAAAAAAUGGCCAACAUGGAGAAAAAUGCUAAAAAAAAUCAAACUCAGGACAAAGCCCUGUUGGAGGCAGAGAGAGUUAAAGUAGAGAGGCUAGCUGAGCUGAUCUCAGAGCAGAAGACCCAGUUGGACACCUGUCCUGAAGCACUGAAGGAGCAGCUCCAGAAUCAGCUAUCCAGGGACACGGAAGCUUUGGAAGCAGAAACGAAGCGUUUUGAAGAUCUGGAGUUUCAGCAGCUGGAAAAAGAGAGCCGUCAAGAUGAAGAGAAGGAGACACAGACGCAGCAACUCCUCAGAGAGAUUGCAGAAUAUCAGAGAUCUGUUGUCACUCGCAAGGAGCGGCUACUAACCCUGAAGAAGCAGUCGACCCAGAUUACCCAGCAGGCACAGCGGGAAAAGGAGAACUUUUUGAAGGAGAAGAGCAACCUCAUUUAUAUGCUCCAAAGGGAACGGGAAAACCUUGCAUCUCUGGAAAGGAAGUACUCUGAACUGACAGGUGGUCAAGCCUUUUCUCUCAACCCUGUGUCCAUGAAGGAGCACUUUCGCACUCUGGAGGAGAGGAGGCGGAGCAAUGGCAGUAAAGAGGGCGGAGUUCUGCUGAGUGACGGCGGAAUGUCCCGUAAAAGAGAGAGGCAGAGCUCUGGAACCUUAAACUCUCCCCUUAAUCACAGUCUGUCUCCCAAGGUCAGACAACAGAUACGGCACAUAGGAAAACCCCAUAUGCCACUGUCUCAAAGCUCUAGCUGUGGAAGUGUACUCCCCCGCACUCUGUCUGUCACCUCCCGUGACCUGGACACCCGCCGCCUGCUCAAGGCAGGCCAGAUGUUUUUGAAUGACGAGAGGCAGAGAUUGAGUGACAUGUCAAAUAGGACAGUUUCAGAGACCAACGUCUUCCUGGAGCCAUUCCACUACAUGGAUAAUGGACACAACUUUGACACAAUGAGUGUGGACAGUACCGAAAGCCUAGAGACCAGCAUUUCUGCCUGUUCACCGGACAACAUCUCAAGCGCCAGCACAGCUAAUAUGGCGAAGAUAGAGGAGAUGGAGCGCAUGCUAAGAGAAGCUCAAGCUGAGAAGAACAGGCUGCUGGAGCACAGGGAGCGAGAGAUGGAGUUGCGCAGGCAGGCUCUUGAAGAUGAGAGGAGAAGGAGGGAGGAAUUGGAGAGGAGACUGCAGGAAGAGACAAACCGACGACAGAAGCUAGUGGAGAGAGAGUCUCGUCCUUUGACACGAUACCUCCCGGCGAGAAAGGAUGACUUUGACCUGAGAGGUCACAUCGAGGCAGCGGGUCACCAUCCUGAAACUUGUUUUCACCUGGCCAUCACAGAGAAGACCUGCAGGGGGUUCUUAGUCAAAAUGGGCGGGAAAAUCAAAACCUGGAAGAAGCGCUGGUUCGUCUUUGACCGCAAUCGAAGGACGCUAGCAUAUUAUUCUGAUAAACAUGAGACCAAAAUGAAGGGUGUUAUCUACUUCCAAGCCAUAGAGGAAGUGUAUUACGACCACCUAAAGAACGCACACAAGAGCCCAAACCCCUCUCUGACGUUUAGCGUGAAGACACAUGACCGGGUUUAUUACAUGGUGGCUCCUUCCCCAGAGGCCAUGAGAAUCUGGAUGGAUGUUAUCGUCACUGGAGCGGAGGGGUGUACGCAUUUCCUGGUGUGACAUUUAAGAAGCCCAAAGUGACCUUCACACUUCAGCUCGGCCUGCUGAAAGGGUCCUCAUUACUGAAGAGGUUACAUUUCUUUGAUUCUCUUUUAUUAGUAGUGAGGGUGACGGGAGUGUCGACUGUACGUUUUACAGACAUCCGUGACCUAGUUUGGAAAAACUGGUGCUUUACCCACUGCGUCCUGUCUUGAGUUUACAGAGGCAGCUUUAAGACUUCAGACGUACCAACUCUUGAAUUUUUCAUCCCGGUUUGUUUUUUCCACUUCUGGGGUGAGACUUAGAACAGCUGUAAAUAUGAAAUCACUCACUGGUCUUCACAUUUUUACAAAUGUGCCAACUUAUAAUGAAGCUGGAUAUACCUCAAAGAUUAACCAAACACCAAAAGCAAACUGUUCCUGGAGUGCUAUACAGACUCUAACAAACAUCAGGGUAUCGUUCAGUACUUUUCUUUAUUUUUUUUUAAAUGACCCUUGUAUCUCUGUACACUUUGUAUUAUUCCCUCAUUUACCAAGUGCCUUACAUUACAUCUGAUGAGAAUAACUAUAUAUUUAGCUAUAAGACUUGUAGAACAGACUGUGGUUAUUAUAAGUGUUAUCGACCAAUUGUGCCUCCCUGAUGCUCAGGAACUUUCCAGAAGGAAGAAUUUAGCACCAAAGACGAGCUGAAUUUGUGUUUCAGCAUGAUAUGAAUGUAGUAACUUGACACCAAUCACUUAAGGUGCUAUCUUUAAUAGACAAGGCUCUUGAUGAUUUAGCACAAAUGCUAUUUUCAUAGGAUUUUAGAUUAGAAUCAUUGAUUUCUUGAUUGUGUGUUGUACUGCAGUUGACCAGCAGAGGGUUGUAUCUUUAAAUGAUAUUGAAAUGAUUACAGAAUUUAUUCACUGCAACAAUUUCAUUUGACCCUUAAGUUGAAAUUUGAGAUGUUAA